UCAGCUUUCUGUGAUGUUCCUGCUCUGCUCCUCCAAAGGAGAGCACGAGGCUGUGCCGUUUUCCCGCUAGUAGAAUUUAGCCGGAGAAAUCGCCUACAUUUUAAUGCGAAAAGUCGGAGCUGGGGGAGCUGCUGGGGCUGGUGCACUACAUGGAGGGGCUGAGGCUGAUCUCCACGGUGGAGCUGGUGGCUCCCACGUCCGACGAGAACGUCACGGUGACGGACACAGAGCUCAGCGGGGUCCCCGUGCGCCUGUUCCUGCCCCAGAGGGCGCCUGGAGGGCUCAGGAGGGCCGUGCUCUUCUUCCACGGCGGCGGCUGGUGCCUGGGAGACGCAGGCAUGCACGGCUACGAUCUCAUGUCUCGGCGGAUUUCAAACGAGCUGAAUGCUGUCGUGGUGUCAGUCAACUACAGGCUGGCCCCUCCGCACCGUUUCCCGGCCCAGUUUGAGGACGUGUACUCGGUGACCAAGUUCUUCCUGCAGGACAAGGUGCUGUCCCAGUACGGGGUGGACCCUGCGCGGGUCUGCGUGGCCGGGGACAGCGCCGGGGGCAACCUGGCUGCAGCCGUGGCACAGCAGCUGUCGGAGGACCCUGAAGUGGAAACCAAGCUGAAAGCUCAGGUUCUGAUCUACCCAGCGCUGCAGGCGCUGGACCUGGACCUGCCGUCGUACCGGGACAACGCGCACAAGCCGCUGCUGCCGGGGGCGCUGAUGGUGCGCUUCUGGAGCGAGUACCUGAGCGCGGACCCGGCCCUGCGCGCCGCCAUGGCCGCCGGCCGCCAUGUGCCGCCCGAGGCCGCGCCGCUGCUGCCGCUGCUCGACUGGAGCCGCUGGCUGCCCGCCGACAUGCGGGGCGCCCACACCUACGAGGGCCCGGCCCUGGGCGGCGCGGGGCUGGCACGGCGCUUCCCGGCGCUGCUGGACCCGCGGGCGUGCCCGCUGCUGGCCCCCGAGGCCCGGCUGCGCCGCCUGCCCCCGGCCUUCGUGCUGACCUGCGAGCACGACGUGCUGCGCGACGACGGCGCCAUGUACGCGGCCCGGCUGCGCGCCGCCGGCGUGCCCGUCACGCACCACCACGCCAAGGACGCCUUCCACGGCGCCAUGACCUUCCUGGCCUGGCCGGUGGAGCUGGCCGUGGGCCACCGGCUCUUCGACACCUGCAUGGGCUGGCUGAAGGAGAACCUGUGAGCCAAGGCCAGCCCCUCGCGUGCCCAGCUGUGACUGGAGCCGCGCUGCAUUUUGGCCGUGAUCGCCGUCCCCCUUGUGAUCCUCGUGGUGCUGGGGCUGGAGCGUUUCCCAGCCUGUCUGGCAGGAAAUCAGCCUGAUCCCAACCCAGCGUUCCUCCAGUGCUACCAUCCGAACCCCAAACCCCAGAGUGCCGGGACUGCCCCGGGUUCCUCCUCUGGCCCUGCAGCCUCUGGGAUCUGGUGUCUGCUCUCUGCUCUGCUUCUCUCUCCUAUCGCACCUUCAGUCCGCGGUGUGUGCCCAAGGGCCCGGUGCCUGUGGGCACACCGGGCGUGCUCGGGGCCGUUCCUUCCCGUCCCCUUUGGCUCUGUGGGAUGUGGCAGCAGGGCCCCGCUGCUGCCAGGGCUGCUGGGGUGCAGGGAAGCACCGGGAGCUGCAGCAGGGACCUGCCCCAUCUCAGGCUGCUCCUGCCCUGCACGGCUUGAGGGAAGUGCUUGGAAACCCAGUGGGAUGGCUAAAAAAUUGUGCAAGUGUUUUGGGCUUUGCUUGCUUGUUUCUUUUGGGGUGUUUGUUUAUUUGGGGUUUUUUGUUGUGUUGGGUUUUUGUUGUUUUUUUUUUAAAAGCACAUAUCUUACUCCUACUUCCUUUCUUUAAUCCUUGCACUAGCAGGAAUUAGUGAAUCAAACCAGCACUGGAUAUUCACUGGAAAAAGGAAGCUGUGAAGGUCCCACACUUAGGAUAACACUGCUGCAUGGUCUGUGCUCUACUUAUCUGUUAAAUCUUGUGCUGGGUGUUCUAAUUGUCCUUGAAAUUUUUUAUCAGAUUUCACAUAUGAUUUCUUAAAAGUAGAAUUAGCUUAGAAAUUUUAUAGGCUUGGAAAAGAAACAUAGUUCAGCUGGCUAUGUGGAACAAAUAACCUCUAUGCAAAUGUUUUGUGUGUUAAAUAUAAACCCUAAAACUUUUGACUGAAGCAUGAAUACAAGGGUUGACUGUUGAUUUAAGUAAAUGAACCACUGGGCAGGUACUUCACGUAUCCUGCUUUUCUUUUGCAUAAAAGGUACUGAAUCUUCAAUAAUUCUGAGUUAUUUUCCUGAGUGUGUGCAGCCUGUUCAGAUGGCGUGUGUAGGGGAUGAUUGCUGUUUUCCAUCUUCAUUCAGAUGAAUAUAAACAUUAAACUAUUUU